AUGGCGCCUCUGAGCCAGUUGAGCAGCCAGAUCAACUCCACCUGUGGGGCAGAGAACUCCACAGGGGCCAGCCGGGCCCGCCCGCACACCUACUACGCACUCUCCUACUGCGCACUGAUCCUGGCCAUCAUCUUCGGCAACGGUCUGGUGUGUGUGGCAGUGUUGAAGGAACGGGCUUUGCAGACCACCACCAACUACCUGGUGGUGAGCUUGGCCGUGGCUGACCUGCUGGUGGCCACCUUGGUGAUGCCCUGGGUGGUGUACCUGGAGGUGACAGGUGGAGUCUGGAACUUCAGCCGCGUUUGCUGUGAUGUAUUUGUCACCCUGGACGUCAUGAUGUGUACGGCCAGCAUCCUGAACCUCUGCGCCAUCAGUAUCGACAGGUACACCGCGGUGGUCAUGCCGGUUCACUAUCAACACGGCACGGGACAGAGCUCCUGUCGGCGCGUGGCCCUCAUGAUCACAGCUGUCUGGGUGCUGGCCUUUGCUGUCUCCUGCCCUCUCCUCUUUGGCCUCAACACCACAGGAGACCCCAGUGUCUGCUCCAUCUCCAACCCUGAUUUUGUCAUCUACUCUUCAGUGGUGUCCUUCUACCUGCCCUUCGGAGUGACUGUCCUCGUCUACACCAGGAUCUACAUGGUGCUGAGACAGAGGAGACGGAAACGGAUCCUCACUCGACAGAACAGUCAGUGCAUCAGUGUCAGACCCGGCUUCCCUCAACAGCCACUCUCCCCUAGUCAGGCACACAUGGAGCUGAAGCGUUACUACAGCAUCUGCCAAGAUACUGCCUUGGGGCGACCCGGAUUCCAAGAGGCCGGGGGAGAGUUGAAGAGGGAGGGGAGGACUCGGAACUCCCUCAGCCCCACCAUGGCACCCAAGCUCAGCUUAGAGGUUCGAAAACUCAGUAAUGGCAGGUUGUCGACAUCCCUAAAGCUGGGGCCCUUGCAGCCUCGUGGAGUGCCACUUCGGGAGAAGAAGGCAACCCAGAUGCUGGCAAUCGUGCUUGGGGCCUUCAUUGUCUGCUGGCUGCCCUUCUUUUUGACCCACGUUCUCAAUACUCACUGCCAAGCCUGCCAUGUGUCCCCAGAGCUUUACAGCGCCACCACGUGGCUGGGCUACGUGAACAGUGCCCUCAACCCCGUGAUCUAUACCACCUUCAAUGUCGAGUUCCGUAAAGCCUUCCUCAAGAUCCUGUCUUGCUGAAGGAGAGGAGAAUGGACUCCCUGUGCCCACCCUUAGCUGACAGGCCAUGAGGCCAUCGACCAGGGCCCGCUCAGAACGACAGUGCUGUGUUCUGUGG